GCACCUGCUGAGCAACACCCACGAGACGAGACCGACCCGCCGUCCGCCGUCACCAUGAAGGCCGCCCUCGCCACCAUCGCCGUCCUCGUCCUGGCUCUCGGCUGCACCGCCCAGGCCGUGCAGGUCGAAGAGAACGGAUUGUCUUUCUCUCUGGAAGCCGUCAAGAGGCUCCAGGAGCUGUCGGAGAGCAGCCUUGCGACAGGACAACAAAGCCCACGCCUCAAGGCGAGCUCGGCGUCCCUCUGUGACGACCCCAUGCUCCCGCAGGAGCUGCUGCCCCUCUGUAGGCAGAGGGGAGCCUCGGCGUCCCUCGCCAGACUAGCUAUCGUUCCCAUGGAUGUCUGCGAGAUCUGCGCCUUCGCCGCCUGCACCGGCUGCUGAACCCAAACGCAGCCAGCCAGAAACAUCUCGCCCAGCUUAAGACUUGUGAUUCUUCUCCUCCCACUCAAAACUAUAUAUCAGGGAAUUGUACUCAAAAUGUUUGCCAGCGAUGUUGAGAUGACGACUUUUACGUUCCCUGAAAACAGAGGUCUUUGACUCUGACCCAUUUUGGGGCACCUUUAUACAUUUUAAAGUUGCCGUUAGACAUAAAAUUACCCCGAAAAAGAAAAUCAGAUAAACCGGAGGUAUGUUUUUUUGGUAAUGUUACGGUUCUGUAUGAUGACAGUUCUUCAUCGUACAUUUUAUUUUUUGGAAUUGACCCCCGUUUGUUACAUUUCUAUCUUGCCAAGCUUUGUACUGUAUACAUAUUUAAAAGAGAAGUUUCUUUUUUCCUUAUGUUUCUUUCUUUUUUAUUAACAUUGUUUUGAAUAAAAAGCUUUCAUUGAUAUACAA